UGCAUUUCACAAGUUAUACAUUUUGAUAUAUACAACCAUCUUCGAUAACUAAGAAAAUUAUAUAUUUAUUAGCUCUAGCCAAAUUUCAUUUGAGUUGUAAGAACUAUAUUAUUUUGCGCGCAGCGUAGCAGUAUAUCGGUUUGUUUGGGCUAAAGCCCUGAAAAAUUGUGUUACUUAGAGCCAUCUUGUUUACAAUUGAAAUUUUUAAAAUUUCUACGUCUAGGCUCAUAUACCUUUUAAAUUACUAUUGCUUUAUUAAAGCAUAGGUUAAACAUAAACAAAAAAUGGAAGAGGAAGGACUGGUGAUUGCUGUACGAUUGUGUGAUAUUGAUGAAAAAGAACAACCAGAUCCCCUGUGUUUACGAUCUGAAGAUUUGGCAACAUGGCGACAUUUCGAGUCUUUGCUCAGAGAUAUGUUUAAUUCUCCUCCUGAUGCAAUACAAGUGUUUUAUUUGGAUGAUGAGAAUGACUGGGUUACACUCAGCAGUGAUGCAGAACUGAAGGAAGCCAUUACACUGACCAAAAAUUCUGAAGAAAUUCUGCAGUUGAAAGUUAAAAGAAUCGAUAAAGGAACAGUAACCAAACCAGAAUCUUCAGUUCAAACAAGUCAUGUAUCAGCUUUACAACCAAAUAGUAGCAACACUAUCUACUAUGUGCCAACAACUGACCCUGGUGGGGAUGUUUAUGAUAAAUUAGUGUACCCAUAUCCUCCAGCAGACAGCAGUGACUUAGGCAGAACCCAACCGGCCUGCCCACUUAUUGCAGAACCACAGGUGUUGGUCUAUCCUUACCCAAAAGAUGAAGCAUCUUCAACAAAUUCAGUAUUGCUUCAACCAUUGGCUCAAAAUGUUCCUGUUACAAAUGGCAUAACAGCCGUUUCUGACAGCGACACCCUAAGAGGUAGUACCACCCCUGAACAGCAUGGAGCGACAUUAAUUAUUCCUUGGGAACAGGCCAACUCCUUGAGCCUGGAGAAGAAAAUCUAUUACUUGAAAUCAAUGAUAUCAGGUUCUCAGACUUUAGAGAAGGAGCAGAGUACUCCAGAGAAAGCUAGAAACCCCAAUGAUGGAAUUCUUUUGUCUGAUUUUGCAAGUCUAAAUGAUGUAAUUGUUGAGCCACUCUGUGCAAAGCCUGGGUCCUUGGGCCAGAACUUUAUUCCCAAUCAGGACCCAUUUGAGCUGGAAUACGAGUCAGCCUCUGAAGAAAUAACACAGAGAUUCUCGCCAACUCUGAUCCCGACGUCAGCGGUGAAAAACCCUGAAAGCCAGCAGAGUGAGGCUUUUGUCAAAGAAAAAGAAGGUGGUACCAGCAGUGCUGCCAUGCCGGUAAAGCUGUUGGACUGGAUGUCAACUGUACAUUCAGCCAUGUCAUUCAAUGCCACCCCCCCUAACCCAUCCAACGCAGAAUCCCUCGCCUACUCGGCUGCCAUUCCUAAAUGUAAGCUUACCAAGAAAAUUGUAGAAAAGAGCAGCUUUGUUAAGCCUCUACCAAGGAACCUGAUGAUGAUGGAGGGGGCUCCAUCUGGGGCUAAUGCUGUGGCUAUUGAAAUGCCUUCAGAGCCAGAGUUCUUCAACCACCCAGUGAAUAAAGAGGAAGAAAUAGCUGCAAGCGGAGGAGCUUCGUCCAAUUCUGCCUCAGAGGAAACAGGGGAAGUUAUGACCAGAGCAGGGAGUGAUGCUGCUGCUGUUAGCAGAGAGAUGAAAGUAUUGUCCCAGUCAGCCGAGCUGCUUCACCUCUUGGUCUCCCAGAAAGCAGAGAAGAAGUCUACCAAGAGAAGUGAACUGAAAACAAAACCAUCUGCUAAAAAAGACAGGCCUCUCUCAGAGAAGAGAGAAAGAUCUGUCGGUGACAAAAAAGAAAAACCAUGUGACAAAAUGGAGCUAGUGGGUCUGAGGUCAGGGGCCAAAUGUGAAAAGAUCAAAGAACACAAGAAAAAAGAACAUUCUCACAAAGAAUCACACAAGAGGUCAGAAGAAAAGAAAGCGUUAACAGAAGACGUGGAGUCUGGUGAGAAGGUUAGGGUCAAGGAAGAGCCCACUUUGAAAAUGAGGGCUUUCAUCAAGUUGAUGGAACAGAUGAAACGAGACAUACACAAGAGCAUUGUUCAUGACAUGACCAAACAGACAGACCAUCUUCUGCAAGCCUUGAUCAACUCCCAGAAAGUACAGGCCAUCAUGGAUCCCACAAAUCUUGUGACUCACACUGGGAUAUACUGUGACAACUGCAAUGCUGUGAUUCAUGGGUUUCGUUACAAGUGUGGAAACUGCAUUGACUAUGACCUGUGUGAGGCUUGUGAGCAGCUCCCUAAUAUCCACCACCCCACUCAUGUGUUUCUCAAGCUGAAAUAUCCUGCCCGUGAAGCAGGUUGUGUUGGAGAUGAGAGGCGACCCCUACUGCGAGAAAAUAUUUAUCUGGUGGAGAAAGCCGUUGAGCCACCAUCAGAAAAUAUACAAUCUCUUGACACAGAAAGGUUGUUAGCACAAUUAAAGUUUGUGGGGGAUACAGACACAGCGGCUUCUAACAAGGGGAACGAACCUCAAGUGAUAAUUCUUUCAACCAUUUCUAAUCAAUCUCAAGAACUUUUUGAACAGGCUGAGAGCACAAUAGAGAGAGACACACAAAAUACAUUUUGCCUGGAUAUGGCUAAGGGCAUUGACUCUGACAGCGUAAAUAUUGAGCAGGAGGAAAAAGAAGUGAUCCCUCUCACCAGACUGAUUCCAGCUACACCCACAUCACAGAACUUAGAAGAACCAACCAGUCCAGCAGCCAGUGAGUCUAGCAGCAGUAGUAUCAUCUCUCUGUCAUAUUCAGCUCACAGCAUCCCACAGUUGGCACUGACUAAGGCCAAGACAGAGGAGACAGAUGCUGCAGUUGCCAGUCUUGAGUAUUUAGAGAUUUUGUUGCCAAGACGCCCAGAGUCGCCCAAUCAGCCCAUAUUUUUAGAGAUUGAGGAGGAUAGUUCCUUCCAGGAGUGGGACUCUGACACCAGUGAUGACUUUUGUAUCAUUGACCCAUCACACUCGUCUAUCUGUAGGGAAGAAUAUGAGGCACUACCUGGGGAAGAUCAUGAACAGAUUCAGAGCUCAUUCAGUUUUGAGCAGGAUGGAGCUAAUGAGGAGAGUGCAAGAUUUGGGGAUGUAGCCAAAGCAACUGGUAUCACUGAGCUUUUGCAGAAAGGAUCAGCUGUGACUGAGCCUGUGGUCUUUGUGUCAGCCCAGUCAGAGCCCGUGGUCUUUGUGUCAGAACAGUCAGAGACAGAACAGUUUGAGGAUCUGGAGAAAGUAGAGAGUGUACACAGUCUUCAAGAAGAAAACUUGGUCCACAAAAUGAACGAAGAAGAAAGAAUAAGAUACAAACAUUUACUUCAAGCUGAGCUGGAGGAAGAAAUGAAACAGAAGGAACUUGCUCAAGCAGAAAUGGAACGGGAGGAACGCGUGAGGAAAGAAGAGUUAGAGAGGUCUGAAAAGGAGCAGGAGUUUCGGGCAAUCUUGGAAGCCAAGGAGAGAGAAGCUGUGAUAAUCAACGAGUCACUGGAACAAGUGGCCAAACAAAAAGAAAUGGAAAAUGAUCAAGCCAAGAAACAGUUGUGUCAAAGUCCCAGCCAAUCAUUGGAUGAGACUACCACUAAACGAGAUGUUGAUUGUCAGACAAACCCAGAAGCAGUUCACCCUGCCAGUCAUAUCAUACAGAAUGUUGCCUCAGGGGUGUCUAAAGCUGCCACAACAGCCUUUUACACAGCUAAAGAUGUCUUCUAUUCUCUUCAGGCUAAACAAAAUGAAUGGAAGGUGCCAUCCUCCACAUAUAGACCUCCCCAGUCCAACUGGAAGCCUGCAGAGAGCACCUGGACCCCACCCACUGACGACUACAUUCCCCCUACCUCCAAGUGGAUCCCUCCUCCCAGUAGCUUCACUCUACCACCCACCUGUCUGGAGAACAGUGACUCGGAUCUUCAGACAGACGGGACAAAGGCAGACACUGUCGCCAUCAAGAGAACAUCAUCUGGCUCUCACCCAGUCACCCUUGUGGUCGGUUCAGACUCAGAGCUGACUCGUGAACUGAAGUGCAUGCAGCACCUUAUUGAGAUGGGAUUCGCUAACAGGGACAGGAACAGACAACUCCUUAGUAAGUUUAACUGUGACCUUGAGAAAGUGGUGCAAAGCCUCCUUCAGGAAGAAAGUGAAACCGGUGAACACUGGGCCAUACACAGGCACUGAGCUCAUUUACCCCAUUUUUGUUUUUACAUGUAUAGUAUAAUCUUGAUUUAAACCCAAGUGUACAUCUUAAGUUUUUAUCUUGUACACAGUUUAUUCUCCAUUCCCUACAUUCAUUGCUUGAAAUAUCAGCAGACGGGAUGUUUUGUGUUGGUACAUGGAUUUCUUUCAGUUUAAAUAGAUAACUUACUUAGAAGUCAAAACAAAUUGUAUGAUAACAGCUUUGCUAUCUAUUACCAGCUUGUUAAUUACAUGUAUUGUUGAAGCUCUGCUUGUAGGGUCCACUAUAGUAAGUAGCUAGAGAUACAUUGUUCAAUAUUCCAUUUUCUACCCUUAAACCAUGCAUUCAGUCCUUCAUUCACUUAAAAGCCAUCUUGUGGUUUGAGAAAUCUGUGUAACAUAUAAUGCCAUGUUUGGAGACCUAUAUAACCUGUAGUGUUCUUUGAAGCUUGUAUUAGACCUAUGUAACUUAUCAAUGAGGCUUAUAUUAGACCUAUAUUACUUGUAUUAUUCUAUGAAUCUUAUAAGAGAGCAAUGUAACUUGAAGUGUUCUAUGAAACUUAAAUUCAGACUGCUAUAUCUAAGCUUUUUUAUUCUGGCUUUGAUGUUGCUAUUAGUCAAAGUGAAUCAUUAAAAGCAAACAAUUAUCUUUUUUUUUUCAAAUUCAAAUUCGAAUUUUUAGUUGUUGUUUUUUUAAAUAAAAACUUAUUUCUAAUCAUCUUGAAUAACACUUUUACCUGUAUAUAGUUAACACCUCUUGUCCAAAACUCUGUAUUUGAAGCACAUUUUCACAUUAAAAAAUAUAAUGAGCUAUUGGCUUUUUUUUUGUAAAUAUGGUUUUGUAUUAUAUUAAAAACUUUCACACUGGGAUGGCAACAGCCUGUUAGUCAUUCUGUAGACGACAAUUCUCGGGGUUUGUAUUGCAGGUCAAUUCAUUUUGGAGUCAUUUUCUUGCCUUUUGUGAUUCCUAAUGAAGCUAGACUAAUAAUGUAUGUUUUGAAUAGUUUAAAAAAUCUAGCUUGAUCAAGAUUAUUUCAAAUCACAGAAGAGAAAUAUUCAAUUGUUGUGUGUUGAUAGUUUUGUGAUCUGAUGAUCUUAUCUAUAAAUAAGUCAACAUGAUAUAGAACUAAAUAAUCUUUCUAUGAACUUCUCUCUCUCUCCGUACCUGGUCAGUCUUUGUUUUCAUACAAAUUAUUCACUUGAAGUUCAUCAAAUUGUAUCUUCUUAUCUUAGAAAUUACAGAUGUUUCUUCAAAGAUUUACAGAUUACUUUCAAGAUUCUAUUAGUGUACAGUUCUAGUAAAAUUUAAGGAUUGUGUUGGUUAUAAUCUGGGGUUUUCAAUGAACUUGAUUCCUACCUUGUGAUCAUCUGUUUCUGUGUAUAAACACUAAAGAAGUCUUGUGUUUUUUUUCCUCUACUUCUCUAACCAGUAACUUGUCUCAUGAGUUCAUAGCUCUUAGAACAAGUUUCACAUUUCUUGUAGAGACUGUGGGAUACCUUUUUUGUUUGUUGUUUUUUAUUUGAUUUUUUUUUUAAACUUUAGUUUCUGUUGACAUAAAAAGUUUGACUUUAAAAUAAGGAAACAAUUUCAAAUGAUGAUAUUUCUAAUGUAAAUAUAUUGUUUUGUGUCUUUUCCUUCUUUAAAUAAAUUUACUUGACUCGUUUAUUUUGAUUACCUUCAAAAAGAACUUAUUUGAUCGACCAGCUUAAACUAUUUGAGCUUAAAUGUUUUAAUUACAUUUGGUGAUAUUUUGUCAACAAUAAUUGUGUGUCUUCGUCUUCACAUUAUGCCUUGGUUGUUAGAACUGAUAUUUCCCAUUUUGUGUUUUUGUGUAAAUAGCUCUAGGUGGCACAACAAAGUUUAGGGUUUGUUAUUUUUAUUACUAUAUCAGGUAGUGUGAACAUUUGAACUUUCAUCAACAAAAUAGUUUGAAACCAAAUGUUCUAUUCUUUCCAUGAAGACAUUGUUCUUUUUAUCCAUCUGAAUAUUUUUCAAUUUCACUUUAUGGCAAUAUGUUGUUGAUGUAGCUUUUGUCCUUUUCAGUUGAUUUAAAAUGUUUGUAAAAUGUUUUACAUGUUUCGGAUGUUCCUUCAGAGUUGAAGAUAAUUACUUCCUAGUCCAAACCUCCCGCAGGACGACGGGGGAUGGGAGCGGGCAGGGUUUGAACCCUUGACCGUCGAUAAAUCUGAACGACAGUCCAGCGCGCAAACCGCACAACCAGUAUUCUAAUGUUCAAACUCACCUCUCUCUCUCUCCCCCCCCCCCCCCAAUCUAAUAAAUCCUUGCACUAAAAAUGUCUCUCAGUUUUAAAAAGAUAUAGAGACUGCAUUAGGACAUCGCUACCCUUAGAAUUCUGAUGUCAUUUACAUAGCACAUUCUGUUUGGAAUCUAUUUCAUACCUUGGUAUCUCAUUACAAUCAUUUUAAAUUUACUUAGUUUUUUAUACAACUCAGCACAAGUAGCAUAUACUUUCAUGUUUCAGAUAUACUCCCUCAUUAUUUGUUGUAAAUUUUUAUUUCAGUUGUUUAGUUCUUUUUUUUUUCUAUCUUCAAAAAAGAAGUUUAUAUUUCAUAUGCGUAUUUGGUUGUGGGUUAUCUCCCUUUUCCCUUGCCAUCAAAUGUAAUUAAGCUGUUAUCAUCUCCCCGUUUAAGUUCUCAUUAUAUCUCUGGCUUUUCAAAGAUACAAAAGCAUCGCUUGGAUUGUUUGCUUCAUUGUUGAUCAUUUUUGUUUGUGAAGCAUAAUCCUGUCAGUGAAACUAAAUGUAGACUGUUGUUCAGGUCAAAGAGUUUGAAUGGAAAAAAAUUUUUCUUGAAUUGUCUAGUUUUCAGAAACAGUAAGCUUUUGUUCAUAUCAUUCCUUCUUGGUGUUUUGUUUUGGAUGUUGGUAGCAUUGCUUGUUUGUUUUAAUAUUCACAGAAGAUGUAACCCACCAUGAAGCUAUAAUAUGGAAACUGUUUUAGCUCUCAGGAUAUAAGAUUUGAGAUUCAAUAGAUCUAUGGAUCUGAAAUAACUUUCUCUAGUUUUAAAAUGGGGUUAACAGUUUUUAGCAGUGUGGUUAUUAGGUCAAGUGAAAUUGAGUUUUCAAACUCUCUUAGGUGAAGAGCAUUGCAUGAUUUGCAAAAAAAACACAGCAUUUCCUUAGGAUCAGUUGAUGCUGAAACACUUUAUAGCUUUUAUAGGUGAAAGGAGCUCCUUGUUAUUAAAACAAGAUUUGAAUGACAAUGUCUUCAAUUCUGAAGAUUAAUCGAUGAGUGCAGUGUUUCACAUUAAUUACUCAAACCCAGUUGCACCUGCAUAUUUUUUCCACAUCUGAUGCAAAGCCAUUGUCUGCCAGGGGUCUAGUUGAGUUUUCUUAAUGUUGUCUUAGCCUGUCUUAUACAUGGGCUUUCCUCUGGACCUUAAGAAAUAGACAUUUAAGAAAAAAUUAAUUCCUAUAUUCAAUUAAUAAUUACUUUUGGCAUUGAAAAAUAAAAUAAAUCAGCCUGUAUAGAGAUAGAAGCCAUGGCAUUUGCUUAUUAGCAAGAUGCUUCAUCAGUUUAGCUAACCAGCCAUACUAUAUGUGAAAUUUUAGCUUGAAAUAAAGGAGUAUAUUUUUUUAAAAUCUUAUCUUUCAACCACCUUCCACCGUUUGACUAUAAAGAAAGUGUAAGUUAAUAGUAGGGCUAGAAAAAAAAAAGAAGCACUAUUUAGUCACACCUUUGAAAUCACUAUUUUAGUCCAGAGUCUUUCAUUUAAAACUUUCAUCUAGUUUUUUAUUUGGCACUUACAAAACUUUCUAGUUGUCAGAAAGUAAAUACUUGUAAGUUUUGUUCCAUAUCUUUAUGGCAGUGAUCCAAGUUUCUAUUUGCUUCUGAACCAGCCUUGACACUGCUUUUGGUUUUGUUUGGAAAAGUUAUUUUUAAACCAAACAGUCAAUUACUAACUUUUAACCAGGAUAUGAACUUCAGAAUGUAUUGGACCACCUUAUUUAUUAUUGUAUAUUGAUUAGAAUUUAUUUAAAAAACUGCAACUUGAGGAGUAUCAUUUUUUUUUUUUAAAUAACAGAACCAUCAUUGUUGGUAUAUUAUGGUAUAAGAGUUUCUAUUUGCAGUCAGAAUCAUUGUAGAGUAAGUGAUGACUCAUACUUAAUAAUUUAAUAACAGACAUAGCCCCACUAAAACUCUGUAAUGUUAGAUUUCUGUAUCCUCUGUGGUAUUCUAACAUGACCUAUGUAUUCAGAACUGUGGUACUCACUAUCAUGACCUAUAUAUAUAUUCAUAGCUUUUAGCAGUUGUUUUUUCUGUGUACUCUAUUUGUUUAUUUGUUGUUGUUAUUGUUGCUGUGAAAACAGAUGCACAGUGUGUGAUUGUAAAAAGAAAAGAAUAAAGUAUGCUUUCAUUCACUACA